CUCUCUCUCUCAGUCCUCAUCUGCUCCUCAGCCCAGUAACAUGUUGCCCUGUCGCAGCUACAGCGUUGAGCAGUGAGCGGAGGCUGCCAGGAGCAAACAAGCAAGAGGAGCUGAAGUGUCAUCUCUCCUCUUCAGCGUCCGGCCACCUUCUCCGGGAGAAGGAGGGGGAAGAGAGGGGGUGGAGGAGAAAGAGAAAGAUCGUUUUUCACACUGUCCAAGCAGGAGGAGCAGGAGGAGCAGCGGAGGAUGUGAGGGAAACUGGAGGAGCUGAAAAGUUGGCUGUCCUUCACUCCGCCGUCCAUCCAUCCGGGCAACCAAACUUUUUUUUGAAGAAGAAGAAGAAGAAGAAGAGGAGGAGGUGGACCUCCGAGGGGCGAGGAGGAAGAGGAGGAAGAGGAGCGCGAGCACCUCUCAACCUGGUCACUCCAGCGCGCACGUGCUUUGGUCGGCAGGAGAGCGGGGUCAUCCUUCACAGGCAGCUCCCCAUGUGGCAGGAGGCUCUGUGGACCCGCGGACGCUACCUGCUGGAGAAGAGCGAUGGAGGCGAGGCUGGCGAGGGGCCCGAGGGCCUCGGGGACGGGUGCCCGGGGUUCCAGGGCGAGGUGUGCGUGGAGGGCGAGAAGCCCCAGGACUGGCUGUACGAGUCCUACUACAGGAUGAGCCAGCAGCAUCCGCUCAUCGUCUUCCUGCUGCUGAUCGUCAUGGGAACCUGCCUCGCGCUGCUGGCGGUGUUCUUCGCCUCUGGACUGAAAACAGAGGACCACUUAACGUUCCUGAUCACGGUGCCGGCCGCUCUCUUCCUCUUCCUGUCCAUCUUCAUCCUGGUCUGCAUCGAGUCGGUCUUCAAGCGGAUGCUCCGCCUCUUCUCUAUUCUCAUAUGGGCCUGUCUGGUCACCAUGGGUUACCUGUUCAUGUUCUCAGGAGGGAUACUCAGUCCGUGGGACCAGGUGUCUUUCUUCCUGUUCAUCGUGUUUGUCGUUUACACCAUGCUGCCUUUCUCCAUGAGAGGGGCCAUUAUCGCCAGCGGCAUCACCUGCCUGUCACACACUGUCACCCUCAGCAUCUGUCUGGCCAACACCGUCCCAGCGCUGGAGCCUCUCGUCUGGCAGAUCUUAGCCAAUGUGAUCAUCUUCACAUGUGGUAACCUGGCCGGGGCCUAUCACAAGCAUUUGAUGGACCUGGCUCUGAAACAGACCUACCAAGAUACCUGCAACUGCAUCAAGUCGCCCAUCAAACUGGAGUUUGAGAAGCACCAGCAGGAGCGUUUACUUUUGUCCCUGCUGCCAGCUCACAUAGCCAGAGUGAUGAAAGACGAGAUCAUCCAGAGGCUGCAGGGACCCAACUUUGGCCGAACUGAGAGCACCAACAACUUCCACAACCUCUAUGUGCAGCGGCACACCAAUGUCAGCAUUCUGUAUGCCGACAUUGUGGGCUUCACCCGGCUGGCCAGUGACUGCUCGCCAGGUGAACUGGUGCAUAUGCUGAAUGAACUGUUCGGCAAGUUUGACCAGAUUGCAAAGGAAAACGAGUGCAUGCGAAUCAAGAUCCUUGGAGAUUGUUACUACUGUGUGUCUGGUCUGCCUGAGUCUCUGCCUCACCACGCCAGGAACUGUGUGAAGAUGGGCCUGGAUAUGUGUGAGGCCAUCAAGAAGGUCCGAGAUGCCACUGGGGUCGAUAUCAACAUGCGUGUUGGUGUUCAUUCCGGGAACGUCCUCUGUGGUGUGAUUGGCCUCCGGAAGUGGCAGUACGAUGUGUGGUCACAUGAUGUAACGCUAGCCAAUCAUAUGGAGGCAGGAGGUGUGCCGGGGAGGGUCCACAUCUCCUCAGUGACGUUGGAGCAUCUGAAGGGCUCGUACAAGGUGGAGCCUGGAGAAGGACAGGUCCGAGACUUCUACCUGAAAGAGCAUGGAGUGGUCACCUACCUGGUCAUCAACCCUAAGACUGAGAGGCACAGUCCGCUGCUGGGCGUUCGCUCUCGUCCCUCCCUGGAAGGCGGAAAGAUGAGGGCGUCUGUGAGGAUGACCCGAUACCUGGAGUCCUGGGGAGCUGCCAAACCCUUCGCCAACCUCCACCACCGAGACAGCAUGACCACGGACAAUGGCAAGAUCAACACCACAGACGUUCCAAUGGGGCAGUAUCACUUCCAACGACGAGAAAGGUCCAAGUCUCAGAGGAGGAGGUUUGAGGAGGAGCUCAACGAGCGGAUGAUUCGCACCAUCGACGGCAUCAACUCCCAGAAGCAGUGGCUGAAAUCUGAGGACAUCCAGAGGAUCUCAUUGUUCUUCCACAACAAAGCGCUGGAGAAAGAGUACAGAUCCACCACGUUACCAGCCUUCAAGUACUACGUCACCUGCGCCUGCCUCAUCUUCUGCUGCAUAUUCAUCGUGCAGGUCCUCGUCUUGCCUAAAACUGCUGUGCUGGGGAUCUCCUUUGGCCUGGCAUUCCUGCUGCUGGCUCUGAUCCUGCUCCUUUGUUUUGCUGGUCACAUUCUGCAGGGGAGGAAGGGGUCCCUCUGCUCUCUCACCUGGUUCCCCACCUCCUCCCGCGUCAUUGUCACCAAUAACCCCUGGCUGCGUUUGGUGCUCACCAUGACGACCACUGCUCUCAUCCUGGUGAUGGCUGUCUUCAACAUGUUCUUCGUAGAAGAUCCUGGAGGAUCUAUGGAGGACGUCCUGACAACUGCUCCCUCUGAAGUCCUGACAACCACACCGCCUGCUCUGCAAAUAAUUACUGAGCUUGUAAAUCUAAGUAAUGACAGCCUGUUGGACUACCAGGAACAAGACACAGGAGAAAACAAAUUUUAUCUGCCAUACUUCAUCUACUGUUGUAUUCUGGGCCUGGUGUCUUGCUCAGUGUUCCUGAGGAUCAACUACGAGCUGAAGAUGGUGGUGAUGCUGGUGGCCGUCGUGAUCUACAACAUCAUCAUCCUGCAGACGCAUUCCUCUCUGCUGGACGGAUUUAGCAAAGCACUGUACCCCACGAAUGAACUGGAAAGACCAGGAGUCCUGAAGGAUCUGAAGACAAUGGGCUCCGUGUCGCUCUUCAUCUUCUUUAUCACCCUGCUGGUGUUGGCCAGGCAGAAUGAAUAUUACUGUAGGUUGGACUUCCUGUGGAGGGACAAGUUCAAGAGGGAGUGUGAGGAGAUCGAAACCAUGGAGAACCUCAACCGGGUUCUGCUGGAGAACGUUUUGCCUGCGCAUGUCGCCGAACACUUCCUGGGACGCAACUGGAAAAAUGAGGAUCUGUAUCACCAGUCAUACGAGUCGGUGUGUAUGAUGUUCGCCUCAAUCCCGGACUUCAAAGAGUUUUACACGGAGUCUGACGUCAACAAGGAAGGACUGGAGUGUCUCCGUCUUCUCAACGAGAUCAUAGCAGACUUUGAUGAGCUGCUGUCCAAGCCAAAGUUCAGCGGCGUGGAGAAGAUAAAGACCAUCGGCAGCACCUACAUGGCUGCAACUGGACUCAAUGUGACGCCAGGACCCGAGUGCGCACAGGAACAUGACAGACAGUACAUGCACAUAGGCACAAUGGUGGAGUUUGCUUUCGCUCUUGUCGGGAAACUAGACGUGAUCAACAAACACUCCUUCAACGACUUCAGACUCAGAAUUGGGAUAAACCACGGCCCAGUGAUUGCAGGAGUUAUCGGGGCCCAGAAACCUCAGUACGACAUCUGGGGGAAUAGUGUAAACGUGGCCAGUAGGAUGGAGACCACCGGGGUCCUGGGAAAAAUACAGGUGACAGAGGAGACCAGUCUUAUCCUGUCAACGUUGGGCUACAUGUGUUCGUGUCGAGGCAUCAUCAAUGUGAAGGGCAAGGGGGAGCUGAAGACCUUCUUUGUUCACACGGAGAUGACCCGAUCUCUGUCACAAGGAACUAUGAUGCCUUGAGUAACCCAAGAAUUAGUCUGACACACACACACACACACACACACACACACAAACACACACACACACACACACACAUAUAAACACAAAGUGGCCGUGGAAGUGAUUUGUCAUGCGCUGUAACUAAAGCCCAUUACCAGCAGUCUACAGCGCCCUGGAGAGACAAUUGUCGGUAAAAAAAAACUUUUGUCGUUAGCACCGCGACGUAGAGCAGGGCCGAGGCUCGACACUGAGGUCCUUCAAUGCCGCGUUUUCCACAUCUCAAGUGUAACAAGGACUUUGCUCUGAGGAGUGCCUGACUAAAGAGAGGCUUGCUCAAUAGGUGCAGCUCUCAAGGACUGCAGUCGCCCGUCUGUAAUAUAGUAGUGGUGUGGGGCUCAGUAGAUUAGCCAUGCCAAGCUGUUUUUUUUAUAAUUUAUAUACAUACACGGCUGUUUGGCAUUGUGGGCUAGUUUUCUUCCAUUUGAUUCCAAAUGGAUGUUACAAUAGUUUAUCGUUGUAUAGCUGAGCGGAUGCCAACAGUUAGUCAGCGUGAUGGGUAGUUUGCCAGAGCCUGUGAAUUGUAUUUAAAGAUUUCGAGCUGUGUCCGUGUCCCUACUGAGAAGGAGGUGGACUCAGCCACAGGACUCAAGGGGAAAGAAGAGGUUUCUUUUUUUUACGAUCCAUCUUGGAACCAAACAAACAGCGACGUGUGGACAUGUUCACUGCCAUUCUUUUGUUAUUCAUUAAACAUUUGUAUAUAAAUGACAGCGUU